AUGUUUAAGCGCCACACAAUUUUCCAACGCACGCUUGUGCGAGCGCCUAUGAGGCUGGACGUGCUGCCAGUCUUUCAGUGCUUGUUCCUUCCAUGGCUGUACUUCUGUGGCAUCUAUGCGCUGCUGUCGUGUGAGUUGCACUUUUACCGCGCAACAUUGACUUACACGCUGGUGGCGCUUGCUGCCUUGCUGUUGGCUGCGCUGGGAUGGAUGUCUUUGCGUUCUGCCAAGAGCUUCCAAGAGCCGAGCUGGUUCUCCUUCCUCUUUGUGACGAUGGCCGUGGCGUGGUUGCUGGGGGUGGUCUUCGGGAAUUUAAACUUCGCGGCCACUACCCAACCGUACUGCCAGUACGCUAACCUGGACAUCCUUCCUGAGGUGAGCCCAAGCUGGACGGGGGAGGAGGUGAUGUCGUCCGGCCGCGCCUUCUUCGGCAAGACCUCCGUGCUGGACAUCAGGAGGUCCAUGGCUUUCAAGAACAUCGAGACCUACUGCGUUGCGCCUAUCAGCUCUGGCGCCUUUGGUGCCGUCCUGCCGCUGGAGAACUAUGACUUCUGGGCCGUGGGGUUGAAUUGCUGCUCCCUGAACACGGCCGACUUCCGCUGCGGUGAGUAUGACAACCCGAACGCGCACAGUGGGCUUCGAGUGCUGGAUGAUGAGCAGCGGAGUUUCUUUCGCCUCGCAGUCGAACAGGCAGAAGCAGCGUAUAGCCUCAAGGCCAAACACCCGGUCUUCUUCUACUGGGUUCAGGAUGCCACGGCUGAAAUGGAUUCCUUCCGGAACGACGGCUACAAGUACUACCUCAUCGGCGUGCUAAGUCACUUUGCGUGGCAGAUGCUAUGCGUACUUCUGGCGGUGGCAGCCUUCUCCAAGGGCUGA